AUGUCUGCCGGGAAAACCCCCGCGAUCUUGUCUUGGGUCGAAGAAGUUGCGAGGAGCGUGCCCGAAACCCCGCCUAAUACCGAAAGACUGGUGGAAAACGCUUCAACUCCAGCAUCUCAGCACAAACGCAAGAGGUCGGUGUUUGAAGCCGAGAAUCCGAUGUCGCAGUCAGACCCUCAUAAGAUAUCCUACCGAACUACCUCUGAAACAGCAUCCACCGUUUCCGUCCGCUUAGCUGACGAGAUAAUCUCUCUGGCCCCAUCAAGUUCCGCGGCCAGUCGGGGUGGUGGGCGAUCACGCUCAUCGAGUCCAUCACGCGUGAAGGCUGAACUAGCCACAGCCAUCCCUCGGGUGGUCUAUAUACAUGAAUCCGCCGACCCUAAAAGCCGUGCUGCGAGUCAGCUACUAGCAGAUUUAACACAAGAUUCUGAGUUCAGUGGAAAUGAAGAUGUUGCUCAGAAAAUCUCGAGUGCUUCGUGUCAAUGUGCCACAGAAUUCCGUAGCGAAGGCUCUUGGGUGCAUAAGGUAGCACUGCCGCUAUUGGAGAGCGCUAUUGCAGAACUACCGUUGGAGUGUUGGAGCAUUCAAACAGAGUCCGUUGACCCCCAGUAUCAACCUCGUUAUACAGCCCGCGAUACAUAUAACCGAAAAAUUGAUCUGGUUGUCGGUCUUCCCGUGAACGCUUACGAAGUUCAAUAUGAAAAGGCCGGGUUGCAUACGACAGGGAAAUACUUCAGCCAUAUGACCCAUCCGCACACUGGAAAACGUGUUCUGGGUCCUGGUGUUGAAAUUAAAGCCGCAGAUGGAAAUUUGGUGGAAGCGCAAGUCCAGAUUGGGGUAUGGAUGACAGGACUUCUAAUGUGGGCAUUCGCACAGCGUAAGAGUGUCAAAGAUUUGCCUCCCCUUGUUGGGUGCACUGCUGUUGGAGAAGACUGGAAAUUUUAUAUUGCAACCGGAGUCGAAGAGUCGGGUGUCUUGAAAGAAGUACGCAUCUGGGGCCCUUUAUCUGACUUAGACGGCCGUACCACAAGUGUGAAACAUACCACGUCUCUUUUAGGAACUCUUCGUCGAGUCAUGGAGUACACAAUCGGGCAGUACAAGGAAGGGAUUUUCCGAGCAAUCCCUUCCGUGGUUUAA